AUGAAGCAGAAAACUUUAGGCGAUUUUCUAUCUUCAUCCUCUCCACCUCCAGUCUCACCGCCAGCACCUCUGAAGAAGAGACAGGUGAAGCGGAAGCACAAGGUUGUCGCUCUCGACUCGUACACAAGUGAUGAUCUAGAACAGGAUAGCGAUGUUGGCGCUAUCAAGUUUGAAGCAGAAGUCAUCGAUGUCAGCGAUGAAGACGAUUCUCCACGCCGACCGAGUACUGGACGGCUCAAGAGAUCCCUCGUUAUCACAGACAGUCUGCCAGAUGUGGCAGCCAGUGAUGACUCGCUGGACGAUCAUACUGGCAUACCUAUUGUUUGGAAAGGGAGCAAGAAGGGAAAGAGGAAGAGGAAAGCAAUAGCAGAUUCUGACGAAGAAUCUCAACCACGCAAACGAAAGUUGGUCAAGGGCACCAGACCUCCAAGUCCUGAAGGAAGUGUUAUCGAUGAAGUCGAUGAAAAUGACAUUAUUGAGUCGCGUCUUCGCGCUCGCGACAAGAAAACAAUAUUCCAAAAACGUCUUGAGAAGUUGAAGAGUCUCAAGGGCAAGAAACGCUCAGAGAUAACACUUGAACUUGAUUCAGAAUCCUCAGAGUCGGGUGCCGAGUUAUCGGAAGCCCUAGCGGUGCGACCCUUCAAGGGUGCGCGACCAGAUCGUGGUCAUGAAUCUGAGUCCUCUAGCGGAGAACAUGAAAAAACAGAUGAAGAUGACGACUUUAUCGUGGAAGAUGAUGAGCAUGGUGUUUUGUCUACGCAACUACCCAUCGCUUUUAGCAUGAACACGCAUCAAGAUCUCGCCCAUCAAUUCAAGAUCGUCUGCCAGUUAUUUGUUCACAUGGCUGUUCGUUUUCCUUCUGAGAGACGCCCAUUCAUGAAGAAGAUGUUGGAAACGGAGGAGUAUUUCUCUGUCCCACUUCAGGUAGCACGACGGAAAUUAUGUGGGAUGAAAGACUCUCUAGUCACAUCCUCUGUCUGGAAACCUCAAUUCAAGAAGCCGCUCGAAAGAUAUCCCGAAUUCGAAUUAGUGCGAAUGAAGUUUAGCGCUCCCCGGUGCGAUGCUUGUAAUCUAGGUGGAAGAGUAUCCACGCUGAUCGGCCGAGUGAGCGGCAAGUCAUAUGACAAAUACGAUUUCGAGGACGAGUCAUCGAGUUCAUCGGACAUUGAUUCUGACGAUAUGAUCAGUCGUUCUGGCAAACAGUUUUAUCUCGGUCGCUUCUGCGCUGCUCGAACACGAGUUUUCCACGAGUUCAGUCACUGGGAGUAUCACUUGUAUCACUCUUUGUUGGGACAGAUCGACGAAGUUCUUGAUGACAAUCGUGGUUUUGUCCGAGUCGCUUUUGCCGGGGGUGCCGAGCCUCCCAAAGAUAUGCGAGAUGCAGAUAAAGUGAUGGACUGGCUUGAUCAGCGUGGAUUAAUCGAGUUCGAGUGGCAGAGAGUUCGAGAGUUGAUGGAUAAAGCCAGAAAUCUCGAAAUGCGCGCAAAAAGAGGAGGCGAUCAGGACGACGAGGAUCUGUAA